ACUUUGAUCCCCGUGUGAGCUCUACCCCUUUCCUGAGCUCUGCCAAGGGCAUGAAGACCGCUUUCACUGGAUCCGAGUAGUGGGGAGCAUUGCCCUGCACAUUUCCUUGCAGGAAAAACAUACUUAGUUUUGGGCGGGUGUGGGACUGCCUUUUACAUAGUCGGAUAUGAAGAGGCCGCUUUAAGAGGAGCACAUAGCUUUCGGGCUGUCGGUUCGGGUCACGUGGCAGAAGUGGCCUCCUUUGACGCCUGUUGAUGAUGUCGCCACAGUGCCCCAACGAGGGAUUGGCCGAGGCCGGUCCUCGGGUGAUGAGACGGCACCCUACCGGGAGCAAGGCGGAAGCGGGCUGAAAGUCGUCUGGGGGCGGGAGAGGCAAGGGUCGUGAUGAGUGGUCUCGGCCGGCUCUUCGGGAGGGGGAAGAAGGAGAAGGAGCCAAGCCCUGAAGAGGCAGUACAGAAACUGAAGGAAACGGAGAAGAUACUGAUCAAGAAACAGGAGUUUCUGGAGCUAAAGAUUCAGGAGAAGCUGCAAACAGCAAAGAAGCAUGGGACUAAGAAUAAGAGAGCUGCCCUACAGGCUUUGUGGAGGAAGAAAAGAUUGGAACAGCAGCUGGCACAAACCGACAGGACACUAUCAACUCUGGAGUUUCAGCGGGAGGCCAUUGAGAAUGCCGCCACCAGUGCAGAAGUGCUUCGCACCAUGGUGCUUGCUGCCCAAGGCAUGAAGAAGGCCUACCAGAACAUGGAUAUUGACAAGGUGGACGUGAUGGCUGACAUUACAGAACAACAGGAGGUGGCCCAACAGAUCUCGGAUGCCAUUUCUCAGCCUAUAGGCUUUGGAGAUGAUGUGGAUGACGAUGACCUGUUGGAGGAGCUAGAGGAGCUGGAGCAGGAGGAAUUGACCCAGGAGUGAAAUGUGGGCCAGGAGGAAGAACUCCCAGUCAAACUUCCCAGUGCACCCUCUACACAUCUGCCUGCAGGGCCAGUUCCCAGAAUGGAUGAAGAUGAAGAAGAACUAAAGCAGUUGGCUGAGUGGGUAUCCUGAUGAGUCUGGGCUUGUCUUCCUGAUGCUGCCUUUGUUGGUCUCUUUGCCUUAAGUGCCAAGUGCUGAGUGAAAGGAACAUAGCCUUUUUGGGGAGGUCCUACUGAGGGUGAUAGCAUGACCCUGCCUGAGAAAAGGGUCUGUUGCCCUCCCGUCCGUGGUUCAACUCCAAAGAAGGAUCUUGGUGCAGGAGCAGCCCUUGGGCUGCCUUCUCUUUGAUAACCGUUAAAGUGCCCUUGUUCUGAAUAAAACUGGGCAUAUGGAACCCUAGUGCUUAUACUGCCUUAUCCACACCUGAAACUCUUCCCCUAGUCCUUGGACCUUUGUCUCAAGCAAGGAAUAACAAUGGGAGGAAUGAAGGAGCAUUGGGAUAUAGAACAAACGGGAGUUUCCAAUAUCUUAACCUGUAUGUUCCUGGCAGAUACUGUUUUAUCUUUCAAGUUGGUUUGUCCUGGAGUUGCCUGAGGCUGAGGUUGAGGAAACUGCCCUCUAUUAUUUAUCUUAGAACCAUGUGGAACUAUCCGAGUCUUCCCUCAUUGUUUUCCCCCAGUCAUGCCUCUGCCAAGACAGCCCCGUGAUUUACAACCCAUAUUCCUUUUGCAAAACCCAUUUUCAAAGGGAGGGAGAAUACAGAGAUAAAGAAGCAAGUAGCUCUCCUUUAUCCAUACCCAUAGUUAAUAGGCUGGGUUUGAACUGUCACUUUUAUGUCUAGUUCAAAUGUGAGGGGCCAUGAUUCGCUGGGAUUAUGUCAAUAAUGGUUAAGGUGGUAUUUGGAGGAGGGAGAAGGAACAAGAUAUUUCACACAUCCUGAUACCAAUUUAUAAAAGAACAAACAAUACCCUCCCUUUGGACUACAGACAGAGGCAGAGCCAUGACCAGACAGAGCAUCCAGGGCCUUUGUCCCAUUGCUUGAAUAUUGAGAGCACCCAGGAGAUGUAAAAGCAUGAGCAUUUGCCAGAAUCAUGAAACCUCCCCAAAGAGGGUGUUCACCUAGCACCCCCUCCCCCUUGAGCCACAUAGGAGCUACAUUUAAAUUACAGUAUUGACUGAAUAGUGUCCAGAUGGCUGGUUACAGGAUCUGAGCAGAAGCCCACUUCUUACCCUCAGCAGGGCUUCCUGCUAAGGUUCCUUAGAGGAAGGAAUGAAAUCCAAUGGAUUAAAACUAAAUCAGAAUUAGAUUUAUUUU